AUGGACACCGACGGCGGCGAGCUAUCUCUCCUUUUUCCUAAAGAAAUCGUCGAAGAAAUACUGUCAAGACUUCCGGUGGCAUCGCUCUUGAAAUUCCGAUGCGUUUCGAAAUCAUGGCGUUGUUUGAUUGGAAGCGACCGAUUCAUCAAAACCCACCUGCAAACUUCGUCCAAAAACGCAUCUUUUGCCCAUCACAGGCUUGUUAAGAACAAGCCUCUGAACUUGUUCGAUGAUAUACUGUCGAGGUCCCCGGUUCUUAUCGUGGGUUGCUGUAAUGGGCUGGUCUGCUGCUCCAUUAAUCUCCAGAAAGGGCGUUUUAUAUUGUGGAAUCCUGCUACCAGAAUCUCCAAGGAAUUACCACAAUUCGUAAAGGAUAAUAUGCGUUGGUCCAUUGCCGCUUACGGGUUCGGUUGGGACGAAUCGAGCAAUGCACACAAGGUGUUUGUUGUUUUGUUUAGUCCUAAAGGGAUGGUGGGUAAACUUUAUAGCUCAAACACAAAUUCAUGGAAAAUAGUAUCUGAGUAUCCUGAUUUUGAUUUGGAAUUAAUAUGCGGUAAGGCGGAGUUUGUGAGCGGGAAGCUUCACUGGCUGAGGAAGAGUGGCGGAUGGUAUGCUGCCAACAUUGCUACCUUCGACUUGAAGAGCGAGGAGUUCGGAGUGAUGGAGCUGCCAUGUGAGUCGACGCGGUCGUUGAGCGUCAAUGAGGGGUGCCUUAGCGUGGUUUGUUCUAAUUAUAAGAGAGGGCAUUCGGAUGUGUGGGUAAGGAAGCAGGAUUCUUGGGUGAAAGCGACGGAUGAUGUUGUUUAUGAGCCUUGUGAAAUUCUUCCAUCCGUAGCCCCAUUUAGCGCAGUCGACGAUGUGGAGAUUCGGCUCGUUCGUGGAUUGACUUUUGAGCUCGACGAUCCAGCACAGGAUGAUGAUGUGCUUUCACGGAUCAAGAAACUUAAGCCUUCCUUUCCAACGAAUCUCUACGUCGAAAGUUUAGUCUCUCCUGUCGCUAACAAGAGUGAAGAGGGGCAACGGUGCCUAGAUAAACCAAAUUUCACCUGAUUUUAUUUUUUGCACAUGAACUGGAAAUUCUGCUUGUUAAUUGUUGUGGUUUCAUAUUUUUGGCACAAUCGUCAAUUUUCAGUGAAGAAUUAAGCUAGUUAAUACCAAGUCAUUUAUACAUCAAACUAUA